UCUCUUCUUUUUAUAUUUAAUAUUAUAUUUAUUUCAUGCACUGUCCAAUUGCUAUCUAUUACUUUAUUAAAGUGACAGUGAUUAAUCAUGUUCUAAUCGAGGCAAGGGGGAAGAUAAUUACAACAAGACAAAAUUAAAUAAUAAUAUAAUAACUUAAAUCAUAAAAUUAAUCAAGUAAUAGUGACAAAUACGAAGGAUAAAAGUGUCAAAAAGAAAACCCUGCUCUGCUGCAGUGCAGCUGCAGCUGCUGCUACUUGGACCGCAGAAUAAUGUGUUUUCUUUUUUUAAAUUUAAGGAACCGCCUUCCUUGCCUUCUCUCUCUCUCUCUUAAAGUUACAAGCUAAAAACUAAAUAAAUAGAUAACCAUUGCAGCUUUGUAUCCUUUUCUUAUUAUUCAAGAAAGAAACUAUUUUUCCAUCUAGGCAGAAAAUAUCUCUUUUUCAGAAAAUAAAUAAAUCUCUGUUUCUAGUAAAAAUAUAUGCAACCAUUGUUCUUGGUUUGAAUCUAACAGGAUGCCCAAGCAAGAUUCCAAGAUCCAGCAAGUGCCGACAUGUAUACUAAGGGUGAAUAUACACUGUGAAGGCUGUAAGCACAAGGUCAAAAAGACCCUCAAGAAGGUUGAGGGGGUGUAUAAGGUAAACAUAGAUGCGGAGCAAGGGAAAGUGAGUGUGUCUGGAAAUGUAGAUCCAGCAACCCUAAUCAACAAGCUCGAGAAAUCAGGGAAACAUGCUGAGAUGUGGGGACCACCACAGAAGGGUCCAAUUUCCUUCAACCACUUGAACAACAACAACAACAACAACAACUUCCAAAUUGGCAAAAAUGAUAAGGGUUUCAAGGAACAGAAGAACAAGGGUGGAGGAGGAGGAGUUCAUCAACUUCCUCAGCAGCAUCUGAAUAAUAAAAAUGGAUCCAAAGAUGUUAAAAUUGUGGGGAAGAACCAAAACUCAGUUAGGUUCAAGUUACCUGAAGAAGAGUAUGACGACGACGAAGAUGAUUAUUCUGAUGAUUUUGAUGAUGAUGAAGAAGAUGGCGAUUUCGAUGAUGGAUCUGAUGAUGGUGGUUAUGCACAUCAUCCGCCUGCCGGCAAAGGAGCACAUCUUGCUGGUCACCACCACCCCAAAUCGAAUAAGCCAACCCCGCCGAAAGUGAAGAAGGGAAAGAAUGGUGAUAAAGAUAAGAAUGGUGGGGAUGUGAAGAAAAAAAGUGGUGGUGGGAUCAAUAUGUUUCUUAAAGGCAUGCUUGGAAAGGCUUCCGGGAAAAACGGCAAAGAAGGGGAUGGUCACCAUAAGGAAGGAAAUGAUAAAAAGAAGGAUAAAAAGGACGUCUCUGUGCACGAACAAGGCAAGCAUAAUGGUGGAAAAAGUAAAGAGAGUUGGAGUAAGAAAGCCGGAGAGAAAUUUGAUAAUGGUGGGCACAAGAAUAAGGAGAGUAAUAAUAAGAAGCAGGGGUUCAAUGAGAUGAACUUGAAUCAUCGAGGAGGCGGCGGUGGUGGUGGUGGAAUGGGGGAUUUUCAGGGGUUGCCGAAAACAAUGAAUGGUGGCCAUUUACAAGGAGGUGGCGGCGGUGGUGGACAGGGUAACCCUUACAACCAACAACAAAUGGCUAUGAUGAUGAUGAUGAUGAAUCAACAGAAUGCAAAUAGGCCAGAGGCCUACCAUCCUUUAGGCUACGCAGCCGCCGCUAGGCCGCCGCCUGCCGGCAUGAGUUAUGGGCAGCCGCCUCCGCAUGCCAUGGGUUAUUAUGGGCAGCAGCAGCCACAACCUGCGAUGAAUUAUGGGCAGCCACCACCUAUGGCGAAUGAUCAAUAUUCUCAUAUGUUCAGUGAUGAGAAUACUGAUAGUUGCAGCAUUAUGUAGGCUUUCUUGUUCUAAUUGUGUAUGUUGGCUUUUUGUUUAGGGUUUUGGUUGAGAAGGGGGCAAAUUAAACAGAGUUUGGUAAGUCUAUGUAUGUUUUACUGGGGGCUGUAGGCGUUUCAUUUGCCUCUAUUUAGAUUUUUGAUGAUUAUUUAUUAUUAUUAUGUGCUUUUAGUGAAAAAAAACCAAAAUUAAGGAAUAAUAUUUUGUCGGAUUUGCU